GAAAUUACAGGUAAUCACUUCCAACUUCAAAUAUAGAGAGAGAAAAAUGGUAGUACUGGAAGUAUACACAACUUGAACUUGAGUAGCCAAAGAGAGAAAGAGGGACAAUUCUUCAAUGAAGAAACAAGGCUGUGAGAUUGAAGCCAUAGGAAUCAACUACAAAAUCCAUACACAAAACAGAGAACACCCUUUUAAGAUUUUCAGCAAAUUACAAAACCAACAACUACAAGAUCACCAAGAGUUAGAAGAACCACCCAAUGACUACAUUAAGAACAGUACUUCAAGAUCAAGAGUAAGGCACGUCCUAACGGAUGUCAAUUGCCGGGCGAAACCCUGGGAAAUCCUGGCCAUCAUCGGCCCCAGUGGUGCGGGAAAGUCGUCGCUACUCGAGAUCCUCGCCGGAAAACUCUCGCCGGCAAGUGCAUCAAUUUUUGUCAAUCAGAAGCCCAUUGACAAAGCGCGGUUCAAGAAAAUAUCCGGGUAUGUCACACAGAAGGACACAUUGUUUCCACUCCUCACAGUAGAAGAAACCCUAAUGUUCAGUGCAAAGCUCCGGUUGAGGCUUCCUCAAUCACAGCUGACCUCAAGGGUUAAGUCCUUGAUCUACGAACUGGGGCUAGGUCACGUAGCCGGGACACGGGUUGGCGACGACAGAGUCCGUGGGAUCUCCGGCGGUGAACGGAGGCGCGUGUCGAUCGGUGUGGAGGUCAUUCAUGAUCCAAAAGUUCUAAUUCUCGAUGAACCCACUUCAGGACUUGACAGUACAUCGGCUUUACAAGUUAUUGACAUUGUGAAAGACAUGGCUGAAACCGGAGGUCGUACAAUAAUUCUCAGUAUACAUCAACCCGGGUUUCGGAUUGUGAAGUUGUUCAAUUCCAUUCUUCUGUUGGCAAAUGGAUCAGUUUUGCAUCAUGGCACUGUUGAUCAGCUUGGUGUGCAGUUGAAGUUAAUGGGGUUACAACUUCCUCUUCAUGUCAACUUAGUGGAGUUCGCGAUUGAGUCAAUCGAAACAAUCAAACAACAGGAAGCAAUACAUCACCAGCACCAGCACCAAGAAAUGGUACCUGCAGCACAGUUACCAUCAUCUAAAAAACAAGGUGAGAGUACAAGUGGUAAGUUCACCCUACAACAACUCUUCCAACAAUCUAAGGUUAUUGACGAAGAAAUCAUCAUCAUCGAUGAUACUGAUGGGAUCGAUCUUCCUACCGGUUUCGCAAAUUCUAGACUGAAAGAGACCAUGAUACUCACUCAUAGGUUCUCAAAAAACAUCUUUCGAACCAAGGAGCUGUUCGCAUGCCGGACGCUGCAAAUGUUGAUCACGGGAUUAGUAUUGGGGUCCAUCUUCUAUGAUCUUAAGGACAAUAUAGUCGGAGCUGAAGAAAGGGUAGGCUUAUUUGCCUUCAUUCUGACCUUUUUAUUAUCGAGCACCAUUGAAGCUCUACCCAUAUUCUUGCAAGAGAGGGAGAUACUAAUGAAGGAGACAUCUUGUGGGAGCUACAGGGUCUCAUCAUAUGCCAUAGCCAAUGGUCUUGUUUACUUGCCAUUUCUACUCAUCCUGGCAUUGUUAUUUGCAGUACCAUUGUAUUGGCUUGUGGGUCUCAAUAGGAGUUUUAGCGCUUUCAUGCACUUCUUGUUGUUGAUUUGGUUGAUUCUCUACACCGCCAAUUCAGUUGUGGUGUGUUUCAGUGCUCUUGUUCCCAAUUUCAUUGUCGGAAACUCGGUGAUUUCUGGUGUGAUGGGGUCAUUCUUUUUGUUCUCCGGUUACUUCAUAUCCAAACAUGGGAUACCUAAUUAUUGGAUUUUCAUGCAUUAUGUAUCUUUGUUCAAGUACCCAUUUGAGGGGUUCUUGAUAAAUGAGUUCUCUGGUUCAGGGAAGUGUUUGGACUACGCAUUUGGGACAUGUGUGAUGGGUGGUGAGGAUGUGCUUAGAGAGGAAGGAUAUGGAGAGGAAAGUAGAUGGAGGAAUGUGGUCAUCAUGGUCUGCUUCAUUGCUGUAUACAGGUUCAUUUCUUAUGUCAUUCUCAGAUGUAGAUGCUCUCAGAGAGGUCUCAAGCGAGCCCUGGUUUGAACAAAGCAUGUGCUUCUAUCUCUAUAUUAUUAGAAAAGUGACAGGUUGAAUUGAUAUUUUUUGGAACUUAUGUCAAAGAAUAUUAUUCACAGAGUUCAAUAAUUAAGAAUUGUAAUUGUUAUAGUUUUUUUUUU